AUGCAAGCAAAUCCUGAUGAGCGUUCUAGUGAAGUUUCCUCAACAAUUCGACAACGUCGACCCAUUUUAAAUGACACGACAUAUGAAACAAAAUUAAUUGAUAAGGAUGAUAAAGCACCUAAAAAGUUACUUUCACGAAUAUUUGGAAUAUUAUUUAUAUGUUUAGUUACUUUACUAAUGAUUUUUAUGAGUAUGCGAUAUGGACAAGAAAUUUCUCAAAGUAAAACUUUUAUUUUUCAAAAUAUCGUAAAUUUAGCAGAUUCUGGAUCAGAAAAACUAUCAUCGCUUGUAAUUCCAGAAACUAGUGAAAUGAGUGGUUAUCGUGUCAUUAUUCGAGACCUUGGUGUGACAAUGGAAAAAAGUGAUAUUAUAGUUAAAAAUGGGAAGAAAAUUUCCGAAGUACUCUUCGGAUUAGAUAAAGAAAUACAAGUUGCAGGUGAUGAGCUCGAUGAAUUUCGGCAUCAAGCAAAAAACUUUUUCUUUUCACUUGCAAGUGAAAUGAAGGCAAUCACGCUAGAAAUUGAAAAUUCGCAGUGGUCAGAAUACGGGGUUUUAAAAUUUUUUAUUAAAUCAAAUAGCCACUUGUUAUCAAAUAAUGCAGCGAAAUUUAUAUAUAAACGACUCGAAGUAUUAGAAAAACAGAUACCUGGAUUUCAAGAACAACUUAAGCGAGUUCUUUCCACGAUAUAUUCAGUCCAUAAUAGUGCAGAUAAUACACAUGGAUAUCUGAUUGAUGGAGAAC